UCUUGUUCUUCACUGUCAUCUUCUUUUCAUCGUUUUUUGUUACCGAGUCCAUUGUACCUUCUUCAAAGACCUUUAAAUUCAUAAAUCAAGGAGAUUUUGGCAAGGACAUGGUCGAGUAUGAUGCCCAUUACCGUGCAAUCUCUUUGUUCAACUCUCCUUUCCAGCUUUGCUUCUAUAACAAAACUCCUAAUGUAUUCACUCUUGCUUUGAGAAUGGGUUUGGUAGGAUCCCAGUCCAUCUUCAGAUGGGUUUGGGAUGCUAACCGUGGAAAUCCAGUUCGGGAAAAUGCCAUCUUGACGUUCGGUACGGAUGGUAACCUUGUACUGGCUGAUGCUGAUGGUCAGAUUGCUUGGCAGACUGGUACAGCUAAUAAAGGUGUUGUGGGUCUUAAUCUUUUAUCAAACGGAAAUAUUGUGCUUUAUGAUAACCAUGGAAAAUUCAUAUGGCAGAGUUUUGAUCAUCCAAGUGAUACUCUUUUGGUUGGUCAGAGUUUACGUCCAAAUGGUCCAAAUCGGAUCAUUAGUCGUUCAUCCGAUGUUGAUGGAUCUGAGGGUCCUUAUAGUUUCGUUCUUGAAAAAAACAGACUGAAUUUAUAUCUCAAGAGUAAAAAACUUAAGAAGCCAUUACUUUACUAUACAUCUGAUUGGUUUGGAACCAGUCAAGGUCAAAUAAUGACUCGAGUCUUGUUCAACACAGCACCAGAAUCGAAAGAAGCAUAUGCAUAUGAGCUAACAUUGGAAUAUUUUGUAUCCAACUAUUCUUCAUCUCGAAGAUCAAUCUUGGGUAGACCCAAAUACAAUAGUACAUUGUCCUUUCUUCGAUUAGGAUUUGAUGGUAGUCUGAAGAUCUACACGUUGUACGACAGAGUUAUUUAUGCUAACUGGGAAGUAACUUUUAGUUUGUUUGACUUGAUAACUGGAAAUGAUGGCAUAAGCGAGUGUUUGUUACCGAGCAAGUGUGGAUCUUUUGGUCUAUGUGAAGAUGAACAAUGUGUUGCUUGUCCAACGGCUAAGGGAUUGUUAGGAUGGACCAAGAAUUGUGGGCCUCCAAUGCAACGUAAAUGUGACAUUGGUAAGCCCGACAAAGUGGAUUAUUUCAAGAUUAUGGGUGUUCAACAUUUCAUGAACGAUUAUAGUACAGGUGAAGGAUCCCUAAAAUUGGAUGAGUGUAGAGAUAAGUGCAGUAAGGAUUGUAAGUGUUUAGGCUUCUUUUACGAACAAGAAUCCUCGAAGUGUUUGUUAGCCCCGGUUCUAGGAACUUUGUACAAAGUAGAUGACUACCUUCCGCGUGUUGCUUACAUUAAACUUUAAUUACUUACAUCCAUAAUAUGUCUUUGCCUGUUAAAUUUGGAAUUCUCAGCUUUAUUUUUACUGAUAAGGUUCACAAGUCAAAUUAAUGAAAAUCUGGUUAAGCAUGUAAUGUAAUUCGGAUUUGAGUAUAUAUGUCAAGACGAA